AUGAAGCAGAAGCAGGGCCAGAAGGCUCUGCAGAAGCAGCAGGGGGGGGCUCCGAAACAGGGACAAGGAGCCCUGCAGCAGAAGGCCCUCCCCCAGAAAGGGCCCGGAAAACCUGGCCCCCGACAGCAGGGCCCUCAGGGGCCUCCAAAGCAAGGAGGGCCCCAACAGCAGGUCCCUCAGGGGCCUCCAAAGCAAGGAGGGCCCCAACAGCAGGUCCCUCAGGGGCCUCCAAAACAAGGAGGGCCCCAACAACAGGGCCCUCAGGGGCCUCCAAAACAAGGAGGGCCCCAACAGCAGGUCCCUCAGGGGCCUCCAAAACAAGGAGGGCCCCAACAGCAGGUCCUUCAGGGGCCUCCAAAGCAAGGAGGGCCCCAACAGCAGGUCCCUCAGGGGCCUCCAAAGCAAGGAGCCCAGCCUCAGGGGCCCUGCAAGCCUGGCCCGCAACAACAGGGCCCUCAGGGUCCUCCAAAACAAGGAGGGCCCCAACAGCAGGUCCCUCCCCAUGGGGGGGCCCAGACAAAGGGGUCCAGCAAGCCUGGACCACAGCAGCGCGGCCCGUCCGGACCCGGGGCCCAACCAGCGGGUCCCGGGAAAGCCCCAGGGCCACAGGGGCCCAAAUCCCUCUGCCCUCUCUGUAAGAGCACCGAGCUGAACCAGAACAGCCAGGAGCCUCCCAACUACAGCACCUGCACCCAGUGCCAGAGCGUGGUGUGCAGCCUCUGCGGAUUCAGUCCUCCAGACUCAGUGGGGAAGGAGUGGUUGUGUCUGAACUGUCAGAUGCAGCGGGCGUUGGGAGGCAUGGACCCCCCCGGACCCCCGAUGGUGAAGUCCCCCAAGCAGGCUCCUAAGGCCGAGCCCAGCAACCUUCCAGACGCCAAAAAGCCCUCCCAAACGCAGCCUGGCCCAGAUAGCAGGGAGCCAGCUACCCCUCCAGCUACCCCGCCUGUGCAGAAAGGCCCCGGUCCGUCUACCCCACUGCCUGCUCAGAAAGGCCCCGGUCCAUCCACCCCACCGCCUGUUCAGAAAGGCCCCGGUCCGUCUACCCCACCGCCUGUUCAGAAAGGCCCCGGUCCAUCCACCCCACCGCCUGUUCAGAAAGGCCCCGGUCCAUCCACCCCACCGCCUGUUCAGAAAGGCCCCGGUCCAUCCACCCCACCGCCUGUUCAGAAAGGCCCCGGUCCGUCCAUCCCACCGCCUGUUCAGAAAGGCCCCGGUCCGUCCACUCCACCGCCUGUUCAGAAAGGCCCCGGUCCGUCCACCCCACCGCCUGUUCAGAAAGGCCCCGGUCCGUCCACCCCACCGCCUGCUCAGAAAGGCCCCGGUACGUCCACCCCACCGCCUGUUCAGAAAGGCCCUGGUUUGGCCACAGGGCAGCAAAAGCCAGCAGGCCCACAGGAGAUACAAAAGCCGCCCAUGACACAACAAGACCCCGCUAAGCCAGGGCAAAAGCCCGCCCAGCAACAACAACAGCAGCAAGGCCAGCCCUCAGGAGGGCCGGUGAAAGCCGAUCCCAAACCAGGCCCCGCCGCACAGGACCCAGGCAGGCCUCUGCAGCAGACGCUUAAAGGCAGCCCCUCCCCUGCCAAACCUGCGCACCCUCUGCAGGCCCCGCCCCCCAAGCAGGAGGCGGGCUUCUUCGGCCUCAGCUUCGGCUCCAAACCCAAACCGCCCCCGCCUUCCCCCGCGGCCCCACCCCCCGAGUCUGCCUCGGGGAAGAUGUUCGGUUUCGGCUCGUCCAUCUUUAGCUCCGCCUCCAGCCUCAUCGGCUCCGCCCCGGCCUCGCCCCAAAAACCAGCGGCCGCCACGCCGCCACAGACCAUGGCCCAACCAGCCCCCACACAGGCUGCCCCGCCCCCUGCCGCCUCGCCCCAAAAACCAGCGCCCGCCACGCCACCACAGACCAAGGCCCAACCAGCCCCCAAACAGGCCGCCCAGCCCCCUGCCCCGAAAGCAUCCAAAAUGGACCACCCUCCGCUCCCCCCACAGACCUGCCCACUCUGUAAGGUGGAGCUGAACGUCGGGUCCGGAGAGCCUCCAAACUACGACGUCUGCACCCAGUGCCAGAAGGCUGUCUGCAACCUGUGUGGAUUUAACCCCAUGCCCCACCUCACAGAGAAAGAAUGGCUUUGUUUGAACUGCCAGACUCAAAGGGCCCUGGCUGGUCAGCUGGGGGACAUGGGAAGCAUGCCUCCUCCAAUCACCAUGGUGAUGAAACCGCAGCCCCCCUCUCCCAAGAGCCAGCCUUCCCCCGCCAAGCAGCCCACAUCACAGGUGACAUCACAGGUGACAUCACCGGUCAUCACAGCAUCCACCCUACCCAAACCUGCUCCCGACCAACCAAAGACACACCUGACCAAGGCCACGGCCUCAGCCCAGACGGCCUCGACUCCUCCUCCCGAUACGGGAGCCACAAGGACAGCCACAGCUGCUAAUGCGCCCCUGCAGAAGCCCAAAGACGCAGCCGACACAGCGGAAAGGCAGAAAGAGGAAAGUACAGUAGAGGUGGUAGAAGCAGAAGUGAAGAAAACUAAGCCAGAAGCAACCACUCAGCAGGUAGCUCCAGAACCAGAUACAGCACCAGACACAGAGGCCGAAAGGACUGAGGAUGUGCAUGCUACAUCAGAGGAUGAGUAUGCUUCAUCAGGGGAUGUGCAUGCUUCAUCAGAGGAUGAGUAUGCUUCAUCAGGGGAUGUGCAUGCUUCAUCAGAGGAUGAUUCGGGAGAGGAAGCGCUUCAAGCUUCCCAAGAGAUGGAGCCCCUUGGCGAAUCAAUCACGAGAAAAGAUGGGAAAAAGUUGCAGGUGCUCAUGGAAGCCGCUCCGGGAAAGGGGCAGGACUCUGACUCGGUUGAAGACAGCAGUGAGAGUGAACCUUCGCCCCUCUUGCAGAGGAGAUGGAAAGUCAGCACCACAUCGUCUAGCAGCGACGACUGCAAAAAAGAUAGUCCGUGUUCUGGAGAUGAGGAGGACUUCAUCCGCCAACAGAUUUUGGGGAUGAGUGCAAGUGAGGAACCGUCACCCUCUGAUGAGGAUAAUUUCAUACGGAAACAGAUCAGGGAACAGGAGCAGCAACGUGAAGAAGAGAUCAGGGAACAGGAGCAGCAACGUGAAGAAGAGAUCAGGGAACAGGAGCAGCAACGUGAAGAAGAGGAGAGGAAAAACAAAGAAAAAAGUGCAUCUGACGAUCAGCAGCUCGUAAAAAAGAGCGUUGGUCAGGAGGAUGAGCCUACAAGACAACACUCAUUGCCCGAGACUGAGAUGCCAGAGAGUCUUGAGGGCCAGGGAAACUUAAGUGAAACCAUAGAGGUCCUACACUUUAAACCAAUUGAGCUAGAUAACAAAGCAGAUGCAGGGGACCAAGAAGUGGAGAGCCUCACCUCACCUGAGGAUCGAUCGAGAGGCGAGGGGUCGUCCAGCGUGCAUGCGUCCAGCUUCACGCCAGGAACGUCCCCCACCUCAGUGUCUUCACUAGACGAGGACAGUGACAGCAGUCCGAGCCGCACGAGGGUGAGCAGCGAGGGCAAGCACAGGAAGUCCCGGCACAGACAGCACGGCCCGAUGCUCCCCACCAUCGAGGACUCGUCUGAGGAGGAAGAGAUGCGAGAGGAAGAGGACCUUCUCAGGGAACAGGAGAUGCAGCGGGGGUUUGACCAGCAGCAGGGGAAGAAGAGCUCAGCCAAAAAAUCUAAGAAAGACAAAGAGGAGCUACGUGCCCAGAGGAGGCGUGAAUAUCCCAAAACACCGCCAAGCAAUCUCUCUCCUAUUGAGGACGCCUCGCCAACAGAAGAACUGCGUCAAGCUGCAGAGAUGGAAGAGCUUCACAAAUCAUCUUGCUCCGAUUUCUCUCCAAGCAUUGAGUCUGAACCAGAGGGCUUUGAAUUAAGCAUCUCGUCCCCUGUACUGAAAGAAGACCAGCUGUCGACAUCAGCUUCAGUCUAUUCUUCAACCGAUGAGCAGGCUAGUGAUGCAACACAGAAGGUUUUAAAGAGUGCAGAUGAAGCCUAUGAGGAGAUAAUGCAGAAAGCUAAAGCUCUUGAUGCUAAGGAGAUAGAACCCCCACCAGAGAUAGAACCCCUUUAUAGUGGCAUGGUAAUCGAAGACUAUAUUUAUGAGUCAUUGGUUGAAGAGCAGGACACUUUGGCAGACUCCACCUGCAACUGCAGCUCCAACCCAAGCUCCGGCUAUAACUCCAGCUCCACCUCCAGGUCCAACCCAAGCUCCUGCUCCAAUUCCAGCUCCAUCUUCUGCUGUAGCUCCAACCCACACUCCAGCUCCACCUUCUGCUGCAGCUCCAACCCACACUCCAGCUCCACCUUCUGCUGCAGCUCCAACCCACACUCCAGCUCCACCUUCUGCUCACAGCCUGCUAUAACUUUGCCCAGCCUUGUUGCCCAGGUUGUAACCACAGAGGUACAAAGGACUACAGUGUCUGUUGUCCGUGAAAGAUUACCGGGAACACCUCCCGCAACAAGGACAGCUAGUGUUGCUAUCACUAUUCCCCCAGACGCUGCUAAAAGCCCACCAAAGCCAAAAGAGAAUGGGAGGAUGUACUCUUCAGAUGUUGUUGAUCUUCGAACCUUGAGGCUCAAUGUCGAAAUGACUGAUAAAGGGUUGGAUUUGUCUGCCCCUAAUUCAAGGCGACAGUCUUUCUCCAGUGAUAGCAGUGGACGCCAGACAAGUGCAGUGCAGCCAGCCGUCGUGAAUCUCAGUGCAGAGUCAGUGCCAGCUUCAACUCUGUCUGUCGUGACUGAUAGCAUAACCAUUGUCACCUGCACAGCCACAAUAGCUUACAAUAAUGGUGCUGCUGAUAGACCCCAGGAGCUUGGACAUGUUGGGCCUACAUCAAUGCCUCUUCAGCUCACAACAUCCAAGCCAUUUGAGCCAGUUGCCCAGAUAAUAUAUAGAACCUUAGAUUCCAAGGCCACACCUGCUUCUAAUGAAGAUGCCCCCAUUAAUCUCUCUUUUGGAGCCAUUACAAAUGUGGAAAAUCUUGGGACACCUGUCACAGUUGCCCCAGCCAGCCUAAUCAAUAGCACCAGUCUUCCUACCCGUGUAGAAGUGGGGCUAGUUGGCGCCAUAGACCUGACCACAUCAAAACCUUCUGAAACUAUGGUUGCUGUCGAUGGGUCUAAUUCAGCCGUGGUUAGCAGCCUCAUUGAAGACGAUGGCAAACCCGUGGACCUCACAGCCGGGAGACGAGUCAUUUGCUGUGAUGUGGUGUACAGUCUCCCUUUUGCUGGGAGCUGUGGAACGCAGCCACCGCCAACCACGCUAUCCAAAGAGAGCUUUGGCUAUAGAGACGAUCGUUACCAGCUCGAUCACACUGGGGCAAAAGCUUCUGAUGGCGUGUCACCCUCCAUCUCUGAAAAUAAUCUAGCAGAGUCUGGGUUACUGUUCAAAAAUGGUUAUGAAAAUGGAGCCACAGAGGGUGCAGUGGACUUGACGGCUGGAAAGAUGUCCACAGGUGAAAUUAUGGACUACUCAAGCAAGGGUGCAGGAGCCUAUUCUGGAAUGACCAUUCCUCAAUAUUCCCAAGCCAGAAUAACUCCUACUGUGGGAACACACUUUGGUGUAAAUAAUGUCCUCAGGUCCUCAAAUGGUGUGGUAUACUCUUCCAUAACCGCACCGUUUCCAUCCACAUAUGCAAUCACUACCCAGCCAGGACCGAUAUUUAGUACAACGUACGAUGCUUUGACAAGAAUGCACACUCAUGACACUAUGCCAGCAGUAUCAUCUCAAUCCUACAGUUUCUUACCCACUACAGCCACAGCACAAGAACAAGCUUUCAGCCAAGAGAUGGUCGCCAUGUCUGCGGCCUUCCCCCAGGUUUCGCUCCGCGACGCAUACGCAGAUGCCUCGCUGGAGGCCAUAGCCGCCUCGCUGGAGGCCUUAGCCUCUCCACUCAUCUCGGACGAUGCGCAGUACCGGAUGGAGCGCGACCUCCUGGAGCUGGAGAAGUUGAAGCAGCUGCGCUUGGCCGAGGAGCUGGAGUGGGAGCGGCUGGAGAUCCAGAGGUUCCGCGAGCAGGAGCAGGUCCUGGUGCAGAAGGAGCUGGAGGAACUGCAGACCAUGAAGCGGCAGCUGCUGAUGCAGCAGGAAGAGGAGCACCAGGCCCACCUGCUCAUGCAGCAGGAGACCUACGCCGAGCAACAGCUGCAGCUAGAACAGAUCCAGCAGCUCCAACAGCAACUGCAGCAGCAGCUACAGGAGCAGAAGAUGAGGCACCUGUUCCCAUAUGGCUACGACCCUUCAGAGGGAGGUUCUCCACUCGCCAGCUCAGAGCAGAUCCCAUUGGACCAGCAGUACGUAUUGGGAGAUAACGGGCAGUACUGGCCAGUGCAGGAUGACACCACCGCGUCAUCCUCUACCACCGGCCUCGAGCUGCAGCAGAACACGACCUGGUACACCGUUCCUAUUGAGGGAGUUGCCCAGUACAUCACCAGCCUGCCGUGCUCCACUGAAACGCCGCAGACCGAGUACCAGAAGCCUGUGCAGCUUGACCACAGGGUAACCACAGUUUCCAACAAGAAGAUGGUAGACAGCGGGGUUCAGACGGAUGAAGAAGACGGUGUGGAGAAGGCCUACACCGGGCGGAGGAGGAGGAAUAAGAAGAGCGUGGACUCCAGUGUCCAGACUGACGAUGAGGACCAGGAGGACUGGGACAUCCCCACCAGGAACAGGCGUAGGUCCCGCUCCAGCAAGCAGGGAUCCAAGGUUUCCAGCAUCGCCAUCCAGACUGUCGCUGAGAUCUCAGUGCAGACAGAUUCUUCAGGAACUAUCAAAAGGCCAUCAGUAAAGGCACAGUUGGAUACCAAGCUUGAGAUUGGAAAGCAUGGCCGAGGUGGUAGCGUGACUUACCAUGCUGAUACAGGCUCUGGUAUGUCAUCUCCCGAGAAAGACAAGAGACGCCCCACUCCCUUAGAGAUAGGCUACAACACCCACUUAAAAGCUGAUUCCUCCCUCCAAGUUGCACCUUCCCCUCCCAAGUCUCCCAAAGUAUUGUAUUCGCCCAUCUCACCCCUGUCCCCAAACAAAUCACUAGAAAGACUUCAAUAUGAUAAAUCUGUUGGGGAAGUAAGCCCGCAGAAAAUGUUGACCACAGAUCCAUCCAAGCCCCCUCAAAGCCCACGGACACUGAAAGCCAUGCAGCGGUCCGUAUCUGAUCCCAAAUCCUUGAGUCCCGCAGAAGAGAGACCCGGCUCUAAUUUCCAGUAUUCGGAUGUGUACUCAAGCAAAGGUUUGCAGAGUGGCACUUCGUCAGGCACUCAGAAGAAGGUUAAACGCACUCUCCCAAACCCCCCGGCAGAAGAAGACCCUGGCAGCCAAUCAGGUUACAGCACCGGCUCCACCCGCCGACGCCUAUGCAGGAACACCACCAUCGCCAGGGCCAAGAUCCUGCAGGACAUAGACCGGGAGCUGGACCUGGUGGAGCGGGAAUCCUCCAAGCUCCGCAAAAAGCAAGCCGAGCUAGACGAGGAGGAGAAGGAGAUCGACGCCAAGCUGAGGUACCUGGAGAUGGGCAUUAACCGGCGGAAGGAGGCCCUGCUGAAGGAGCGGGAGAAGAGGGAGAGGGCCUACCUGCAGGGCGUGGCGGAGGAGCGCGACUACAUGUCCGACAGCGAGGUCAGCAACAUCCGGGAGACCAGGAGUGGGAACGGCCACAGCCGGGAGAGGCCCAGGACCGCACCGCAGUCCCAGCUCAACCAGUUUGUCCCACCUCAGACCCAGUCAGAGGCCCAGUACGGCCAGUCAGAGAGUCCCUACACCCAGUACACCUACGCCCCACAGACCCAGGCUGCUGCCACCCAGUACACCCAACAGACCCUCUACGAACCCUCCCUCUACCACCAGCAGGUGUCCCCUUACCAGUCCCAGUCCAUCUACUCCUCCGUGCCCACACUCUCCUACCCCCAGAGCUCCCAGCAGCAGGACUACCAGCAUGCCCAGAUGCUCCUCCUUCAGCAGAAGGCCCUGCAGGCCACGCUGUCCGACCUGGAGCCGAAGAUCACCACCAACUACGAGGUCAUCCGCAACCAGCCCCUCAUGAUGGGCUCUUCCUCGGCCGAGCCCGGUUACAGCAUCCCGCACCUGGGCGGAGGCAACAGCCUGGACCUGCGACUGGGCCUGGAGGAGCGGGGCAGCAUGGCCAGCAGCCCCAUGUCCAGCGUCUCAGCCGACUCCUUCUACGCCGACAUCGACCACCACAGGAACUACGUCCUGAUCGAUGACAUCGGCGAGCUCACCAAGGGUUCGUCAGGCCUCUCUUCUGGCUUUUCUAUCCCAGACAAGGACCUGGCCAAGGCCGACCGGCUACUGCGGGCCGCACAGGUCCGACGGGCAGCCGAGGUGUCAGACUUCCUGGGGCCCCUGCAGGCAUCUUCCAGACUGCACUCCUACGGGAAAGGGGAAGACUCCAUGGAGGAGCCCUAUGAGCUGAAGCUACUCAAGCAGCAGAUCAAGCAGGAGUUCCGGCGAAGCGGUGAGGGGCUGGACCACCUGACGGGGCUGCCGCACUACUACCCCGGCGAGGGCAGCUACCGCCACUUCCCCAAGGCGGAGAAGUACAGCAUUGGCAGGUUGACGCUGGAGAAACAGGCCGCCAAACAGCUCCCGGCCUCUGUGCUCUACCAGAAGCAGGCCAAGCACAAAAAAGCUCUGAUGGACCCUAAAGUCACCAAGUUCUCCCCAAUCCAAGAGACUCGGGACCUGGAGCCGGACUACGACAGUUACCUCGGCUCCAGCGCCUCAUCGGUCAGCGCGCUGUCCUCCCGGGCCCGGCUGCUGCAGGAUGAGAUCACGUUGGGCCUGAGGAAGAACAUCGCCGAGCAGCAGAAGUACCUGGGCUCAUCCCUUGGGGCCAACCUGGCCCACUCUCUCAACCUCGGCCAGUCUCUGAAUCUGGGGCCGACCGUCCGUUCGUCCCUGAUGGACGAUGGCACGUACCCGAGCGGCAGCAGGUCCCGGCCCUCCUCUAGGCCCUCUUCCGUCUACGGCCUUGACCUCUCCAUCAAAAGGGACUCUUCCAGCUCCUCCCUCAGGCUGAAGACGGAGGGGGAGCACUUGGACGCCUCUUUCUCCGCAGCCCCCACGGCGAGACCCAAGCCGACCAGCCUCCCCAUAAGCCAGAGCCGGGGGCGCAUCCCGAUUGUGGCCCAGAACUCGGAGGAGGAGAGCCCCCUGAGUCCGGUCGGGCAGCCCAUGGGAAUGGCGCGGGCUUCCGCAGGACCCCUCCCGCCUAUAUCUGCCGACUCCAGGGACCAAUUUGGCUCAAGCCACUCCCUCCCUGAAGUCCAGCAGCAUAUGAGAGAGGAGUCCCGGACCCGCGGCUAUGACCGGGACAUCGCCUUCAUGAUGGACGACCUGCAGGGGGCGAUGUCCGACAGCGAAGCGUAUCACCUCCGGCGUGAGGAGACUGAUUGGUUCGACAAGCCACGUGAGAUGCACCUGGAGAGCACACACCCUCUGGACCGACGGCAGCCUCAUCAACCAAUCCAUACUCAUCAACCAAUCUAUACUCAUCAACCAAGUGUGUUUUCCUUCCAGAUGAAGCCAAUUCACUACCCUUUCCCCCACGCUAGAGUCAAGCUACAGACAGAUCCCAAAGACCGCAGUGUAUCAGGAAAUGGAUUGGGAAUCAGAGUGGUGGGGGGAAAGGAGAUCCCAGGCAGCGGAGGGGACAUUGGAGCGUACAUUGCCAAAGUGUUGCCGGGAGGAAACGUUGAGCAGGCUGGACAGAUUCUGGAGGGAAUGCAGGUGUUGGAGUGGAACGGCGUGGCCCUGGCGGGUAAGACCUAUGAAGACGUGCAGAGCCUCGUUGGCCAACAGUUCGGAGGGGCGGAGCUCUGCGUCAGGCUGGAUUUGAACAUGCUGUCGGAUUCUGAGCAUUCCCAGCGCCUGGAGCUCCAUGGCCAGUUAAAGGCAGCAGACAGACAGAGGUCCCCGGGAGUGGACCCUAAGCAGUUGGCCGCGGAACUUCAGAAGGUCUCUCAGCAGCAGACGCCUUCUACAGCCGCCUCCGGCUGGGAGAAAGGACCCCAUCUCCACUCAGGCACUGCGUCAGCCGCCUCCAGCGCCGUGCCCAGCCCCGGCCAGCCCGGCUCCCCGUCCAUCAGCAAGAAGAGGCACACCAGCAAGUCUGCAGAAACCGUAAAGACUCAGGCUCAUCCUAUUACUGGGGAAAUCCAGCUUCAAAUCAAUUAUGACAAGAAUCUUGGUAAUCUGAUCGUCCACGUUCUGCAAGCAAGAAACCUUGUCCCCAGGGACAACAAUGGCUACUCCGACCCAUUCGUUAAAGUUUAUCUGCUGCCAGGGAGAGGCCAAGUCAUGGUUGUCCAGAACGCAAGUGCUGAGAACAAAAGGAGAACGAAGCACAUGCAAAAAAGCCUGAACCCUGAGUGGAACCAGACCGUCAUCUACAAAAAUAUCCAUCUGGAACAGCUAAAGAAGAAGACGCUGGAAGUGACCGUGUGGGACUAUGACAGAUUUUCCUCCAACGACUUUCUGGGAGAAGUGCUGAUAGACCUGUCGAAUACUGCUCCCCUGGACAACACCCCGCGCUGGUUCCCCCUGAAGGAGCAGAAUGAGGGCACAGACCACGGGACAGCACGCUUGGGAACAAGCAGUCAGCAGUCCCCCAAGCCCUCAGUCAUCAAGAGCCGGAGCCACGGCAUCUUCCCCGACCCGUCCAAGGACAUGCAGGUGCCCACUAUUGAGAAAUCUCACAGUAGCCCCGGAGGCUCCCAGGCUUGCUCGGAGGGCCAGGUGCGGUGUCACGGACCGCCCCCCCGCUGUCCGGGCAAAAGCCCGGAGGACGCGGCCACCGUCGCCAUAGCGACCGCCGUCGCCAUAGCGACCGCCCCCGAAGCCAUCGGCCAGCAGCUGCUGCAGCGCCCGCAACCAAUCGAUAAAAAGAGACACCCCAGGCACUGCGUAGACGAGGUGCCCUCAAUUCAAAGGACACAGUCUGACUAUCUCCUCACGCCGGCCAAUGAGAGCAAAGAUACAAGUCACCUGACCAUCAGGAAAGCCAUGUCCGAUGGGACCGCGUGCGCAGAAGGAGCCAGGCCUGGUCACAGAGCAACCGACGACUCCAUGACAACGACCUCCUCCGUCAACAGCCUGGGUAACGACUGCAAUCUGGAGGGUGAGGGCGGAACCAACGCAGUCGACAGCGCCAUCUUCCACGUCCCUCGCAUCGGGAAGACUAUCCCAAAUGGUGCAGACAAGACUAGAGAGCCCGACUCCCUGAAACCGGCGUCAGGGAUUGGAGACUCGGACGGUAAAACACAGAUGAUGGGGGAGAUUAAAAUUGCGCUGAAGAAGGAGAUGAAAACAGAGGGAGAGCAGCUCAUUGUGGAGAUUCUUCAGUGCAGGAACAUCACCUACAAAUUCAAGACUCCCGACCACCUCCCAGACCUGUACGUGAAGCUCUACGUGGUCAAUGUGGCAACACAGAAGAGAGUGAUAAAAAAGAAGACGAGGGUGUGCCGGCACGACCGAGAGCCGUCCUUCAACGAGACAUUCCGAUUCGCCAUGAACCCCGCAGGGCACUCCAUCCAGCUCUUCCUGGUGUCGAACGGGGGGAAGUUUGUGAAGAAGACGCUGAUCGGGGAGGCAUACAUCUGGCUAGAUAAGGUUGACCUUCGCAAGCGGGCCGUGAGCUGGCACAAGCUGCUGGCCAGCUCCCUGCAGACCCACCCCUAGGAGCGGUUGCGGAAAGGCCAAGGGGCACACUGCCAGGCCGGGGCCUUAAAGGAGGAAGAGGAGCCGAAAAAGGAGGGCGGGAACGUCCGGGAACGUCCGGGGAAGACAGUUUUCCUUUGUGUCCUCCCACAGCCUUCCCACGGGGGAGCGAGUGGGCAGAGCUCCCCAGGCGAACACCCAGGCAGGGCGGAUGCAGAGGAGGAGGGGCCUGGCAAGACGGACAAGCGCUUCUGGGAGGGAGGCAGAAACACGGCACGGCAGGAAGUGACACUGAUUAUCUUCUCACAAUAGGGGGAUCAUACACGCGAGGAGGCACUGUCACCACACUGCGGCGAAGUCUAACGUCACAAUGUCACACCCCAGCCCUGCUCCCACCUGCCUCACUGUCAGAAGAGAACGGAUCAGUUUAUUCCACUUUACAUUUAUUUACACAAUACAUUUUCCUCCUGUUUGCAUUGCAGUAUUCCUGAAACCAGCUCCAACUCCAAAACUCCAUCUCUUUUAAAAUGGAUUUCUUAGAUCAGAAACGGUUCAUUCCAGGUAGAAGGUUUUAUUUUUAUUAUUAUUUUUGAAAUCUAACUUGAUCAUAAUUUGAGUGAAUCAACAAUGUCAACAUUUUUAGUUUUGUAUUAUUUUUUUUUCACCAGAAUGCUGGAAUAUUUGUUCAACGAAGAAUUGCGGUCAGGGAUUAGAGAGAAUCUAUUACAGUUUUCUGCAUAAAAUUAAUAUGGUGAAUGCAUAUUUUUCUUCAAAAAGGAUGUAUGAUGGCUCAGCUGUACACAUAGAAAAUAUUUUUUGCUGCUAGAUCCCCUGUGUCUUAACUAUACAUGUAUAUUUACAUAUAGAUAUCUCAGAAAUAUAAGAUGGAAAAUGUACAAAGUAUACAUUUAGACACCUGAAGAAAAAACAAUACCAGGCUCAGUGUGCAUGGAUGUUGUUAUGGUGCAAACCACACUCAUGGACAGGAAUAAAGUCACUUUUUUUCAUGUAAUAAAUAAGAUUUAUUUUGUACAUAAUGGAGUAUUUUGCGUGAAAAGAUACACAUAUAUCCUGUCACAGACAAUCCAAUUGGUCGAUGAUGGUGUACGGUGUUAUGAAUGUGUAACAUUGAGCACAAAUGAGAGCUAUAUAUAUAUAUAUAUAUAUAUGGUUGU